CAGCCUCAACAGCCCCCCGCAGUUCCAGCUGCCCAGCUACCAGGUGUCCAUCCCCGAGAACGAGCCGGCCGGCACGGCGGUCAUCGUGCUGCGGGCCCAGGACCCCGACGAGGGGGAAGCCGGCCGGCUGGCGUACUCCAUGGAGGCGCUCUUUGACGAGCGCUCCAACGACUACUUCACCAUCGACGCCGAGACGGGCAGCGUGGUCACUGCCCGCAGCCUGGACCGGGAGACGAAGGACACCCACGUGCUGAAGGUUACCGCCUCCGACCAUGGGUCCCCACGCCGCCGCUCGGCCACCACCUAUCUGACGGUGACGGUGAGCGACACCAACGACCACGAGCCGGUGUUCGAGCAGCCCGAGUACCGGGAGAGCAUCCGGGAGAACCUGGAGGUGGGUUAUGAGGUGCUGACCAUCCGUGCCACCGAUGGCGAUGCCCCAGCCAAUGCCAACAUGCUUUACCGCCUGCUGGAGCCCGGAGCUGGUGACGGAGUCUUUGAGAUUGACCCGCGUUCUGGGGUUGUGAGGACCCGAGCCUCGGUGGACCGCGAGGAGGUCUCUGAGUACCACCUGGUGGUGGAAGCCAACGACCAGGGCAAGGACCCAGGACCACGCAGUGCCACGGCUAUGGUGCACAUCACUGUAGAGGAUGAGAAUGACAACUACCCUCAGUUCAGUGAGAAGCGCUACCUGGUCCAGGUGCCAGAGGAUGCCCCGGUGAACAGCCAGAUACUGCAGGUCCAGGCCACAGACCGGGACCGGGGCAGCAAUGCCCAGGUGCACUACAGCAUUGUGAGUGGCAACCUGAAAGGCCAGUUCUACAUCCACUCUUUCUCUGGCGCCAUUGACCUAAUCAACCCUCUGGAUUACGAGACUAUUCGGGAGUACACGCUCCGGAUCAAAGCCCAGGAUGGGGGCAGACCUCCUUUGAUCAACUCCAGUGGAAUGGUGUCAGUGCAGGUUGUAGACGUGAAUGACAAUGCCCCCAUCUUUGUGAGCACUCCCUUCCAGGCCACAGUGCUGGAGAAUGUUCCUCUGGGCUACUCGGUGCUGCAUAUCCAGGCUGUGGAUGCUGACUCUGGAGAGAAUGCCCGCCUGGAGUACAAACUCAUAGAGAUGGCACCAUCCACUGGAGGUGCCCCUGUAGCAGGUGACUCUGCAUUCCCUUUUCAAAUCAACAACAGCACGGGAUGGAUCACUGUGGCUGCAGAGCUGGACCGAGAGACUGUGGAAAACUAUCACUUUGGGGUGGAGGCCAGGGACCACGGCGUGCCGGUCAUGACGUCCUCAGCCAGCGUGUCCAUCACUGUCCUGGACGUGAACGACAACAACCCCACCUUCACAGAGAAGGUGUAUCACCUCAGACUGAACGAGGAUGCAGCUGUGGGCAGCAGUGUCCUGACCCUGACAGCAGUGGACAGGGACGUUAACAGUGUUGUGACUUACCAGAUUACCAGUGGCAACACCAGGAACCGUUUUGCCAUCACCAGUCAGAGUGGAGGGGGGCUGAUCACACUGGCCUUGCCCCUGGAUUACAAGCAAGAAAGGCAGUACGUGCUCACAGUCACUGCCUCUGAUGGCACUCGCUUUGACACCGUCCAGGUCUUCAUCAAUGUCACAGAUGCCAACACGCACCGCCCAGUCUUCCAGAGCUCCCACUACACAGUGAGCGUCAGUGAGGACAAGCCCAUUGGCACCUCUAUUGUCACCAUCAGUGCCACUGAUGAAGACACGGGGGAGAACGCAAGAAUCACUUAUAUUUUGGACGACAAUAUCCCCCAGUUCCGCAUUGACCCUGAUACAGGCACCAUCACCACCCUGAUGGAGCUGGACUAUGAGGACCAGGCCUCCUACACGUUGGCCAUUACAGCCCACGACAAUGGUAUCCCCCAGAAGUCGGACACCACGUACGUUGAGAUCCUCAUCCUGGAUGCCAAUGACAACGCGCCCCGCUUCCUGCGCGACCGCUACCAGGGCUCCGUUUUUGAGGAUGUGCCACUCUCCACCAGUGUCCUGCAGCUGUCUGCCACUGACCGUGACUCAGGCCUCAAUGGCCGUCUCCUCUACACAUUCCAGGGUGGUGAUGACGGAGAUGGAGACUUCUACAUUGAGCCCACUUCUGGAGUGAUACGCACCCUGCGCAAGCUGGACCGCGAGAACGUGGCUGUCUACAGCCUGCGGGCCUUUGCUGUGGACAGGGGCAGCCCCCCACUGAAAGCCUCUGUGGACAUUCAGGUGACUGUGCUGGACAUUAAUGACAACCCCCCUGUCUUUGAGAAGGAUGAGUUUGAUAUCUUUGUAGAGGAGAACAGCCCCGUGGGCUCUAUUGUGGCACGGAUCAGUGCAGCAGAUCCCGACGAGGGGACCAAUGCACAGAUCAUGUACCAGAUCGUAGAGGGGAACAUCCCUGAGGUCUUCCAACUAGACUUGCUCAAUGGAGACCUCACAGCCCUCAUGGACCUGGAUUAUGAGAGCCGGACAGAGUAUGUUAUUGUGGUGCAGGCCACUUCAGCCCCUCUUGUGAGCCGAGCAACCGUGCACAUCCGCCUCCUGGACCAGAACGAUAACCCACCCGUGCUGCAGGACUUCCAGAUCCUCUUCAAUAAUUACGUGACCAACAAGUCCAACAGCUUUCCCUCUGGUGUGAUUGGCAAGAUCCCAGCUCAUGAUCCCGAUGUGUCUGAUAGCCUGGCCUACACUUUUGUCCAAGGCAAUGAGUUAAACUUGCUCCUUUUGGACUCUGCCACUGGGGAACUCAAACUCAGUCGUGAUCUGGACAACAACAGACCCCUGGAAGCCCUUAUGAAAGUGUCAGUCUCAGAUGGCGUUCACAGCGUCACCGCGGUCUGCACGCUGCGUGUCACCAUCAUCACGGACGACAUGCUCACCAACAGCAUCACCGUGCGCCUGGAGAACAUGUCCCAGGAGAGGUUCCUCUCUCCCCUCCUGGCCCUCUUCGUGGAGGGCGUGGCGACCGUGCUCUCCACGGCCAAGGACGGCAUCUUUGUUUUCAACAUCCAGAACGACACCGACGUCAGCUCCAACAUCCUCAACGUCACCUUCUCGGCCUUGCUGCCCGGCGGCGUCCGCAACAAGUUCUUCCCCUCGGAGGACCUGCAGGAGCAGAUCUACCUCAACAGGACGCUGCUGACCACCAUCUCCACGCAGAGGGUGCUGCCCUUCGACGACAACAUCUGCCUGCGCGAGCCCUGCGAGAACUACAUGAAGUGCGUGUCGGUGCUCAAGUUCGACAGCUCGGCGCCGUUCAUCAGCUCCAACACGGUUCUGUUCCGGCCCAUCCACCCCAUCAACGGGCUGCGCUGCCGCUGCCCGCCCGGCUUCACCGGCGACUACUGCGAGACCGAGAUCGACCUGUGCUACUCCAACCCCUGCGGCAGCCACGGGCUCUGCCGCAGCCGGGAGGGCGGCUACACCUGCGAGUGCCACGAGGACUACACUGGAGAGUGGUGCGAGGUGAGCGCGCGCUCCGGCCGCUGCGCCCCGGGCGUGUGCAAGAACGGCGGCACCUGCGUCAACCUGCUCAUCGGGGGCUUCAAGUGCGAGUGCCCCCCGGGCGAGUACGAGCGGCCCUACUGCGAGAUGACCACCAGGAGCUUCCCCCCCCAGUCCUUCAUCACCUUCAAGGGGCUGCGGCAGCGCUUCCACUUCACCGUCUCCCUCAUGUUUGCAACCAGGGAGAGGAACGCUCUCCUCCUCUACAAUGGGCGUUUCAACGAGAAGCACGACUUCAUUGCCUUGGAGAUCAUUGAGGAGCAGAUCCAGCUCACCUUCUCUGCAGGAGAGACAACCACGACAGUGGCACCGUUCAUUGCGGGAGGGGUCAGCGAUGGGCAGUGGCACUCGGUUCAGGUGCAGUACUACAAUAAGCCAAACAUUGGCCGGUUGGGAAUUCCCCACGGGCCCUCUGGAGAGAAGGUGGCUGUGGUGACUGUGGAUGACUGUGACACAGCAGUGGCCGUGCGCUUCGGGAGCCUCAUUGGAAACUACACCUGUGCUGCCCAGGGGACUCAGACUGGCUCAAAAAAAUCUUUGGACCUAACUGGCCCUCUCCUCCUUGGUGGUGUCCCAAACUUGCCUGAGGAUUUCCCGGUGCACAACCGGCAGUUCAUCGGCUGCAUGAGGAACCUCUCCAUUGACAGCAAGCCCAUUGACAUGGCUGGUUUCAUUGCCAAUAAUGGCACUCUGCCAGGCUGUGCAGCGCAGAGGAACUAUUGUGAAACCAACUGGUGCCAGAAUGGAGGCACGUGCAUCAACAAGUGGAACACGUACAUCUGCGAGUGCCCCGUGCGCUACGGAGGGAAAAACUGUGAGCAAGCAAUGCCUUCUCCUCAGCGUUUCAGUGGUGAGAGCAUUAUCAUUUGGAGUGACCUUGACAUUACCAUCUCUGUGCCAUGGUACAUUGGGCUGAUGUUCAGAACCAGGAAAGUCAAUGGCAUGCUCAUGCAAGCCAAUGCUGGGGCUGCAUCCAAGAUCAACAUUCAGAUACUGAACAGCUACGUGCAGUUUGAAGUGUACAGUGGCCUGAGCCAGGUUGCUAGUUUGAAGAUGAGCCAGUCACGGGUCAGUGAUGGGGAAUGGCAUCAUUUAUUAAUAGAGCUGAAGAGUGCAAAAGAUGGUAAAGAUCUCAAGUACCUUGCUGUCAUGUCCUUGGACUAUGGGAUGUACCAGAGCUCUGUGCAGAUUGGAAAUCAACUACCUGGCUUGAAAAUGAAAAGCAUCAUUGUGGGAGGUGUCUCUGGAGACCAAGUCUCUGUUCAGCAGGGAUUUUAUGGAUGCAUGCAGGGAGUAAGAAUGGGAGAGACAUCUACAAACAUAGCGACACUCAACAUGAAACAGGCUAUCAAGAUUAACGUAAAGGAGGGCUGUGAAGUGGAUAACCCUUGUGAUUCCAACCCAUGUCCCCAGCACAGCUACUGCAGUGACGACUGGGACAGCUACUCCUGUGUCUGUGACCCAGGAUACUUUGGGAGAGACUGUGUUGAUGUGUGUAACUUGAACCCGUGUGAGCAUGUCUCCACAUGUGUGCACAAACCCAGCUCAUCCCACGGCUACACCUGUGAAUGUGGACAAAGCUACUAUGGACAGUACUGCGAAAGCAAGAUCGACCUACCUUGUCCCAGAGGUUGGUGGGGAAACCCCAUCUGUGGCCCAUGUAAUUGUGAGACUAGUAAAGGGUUUGAUUCUGAUUGCAAUAAGACCAAUGGAGAAUGCCACUGCAAGGCCAAUUACUACCGGCCCCAGAGCAGUGACACGUGCUACCCCUGCGACUGCUUCCCGUCCGGCUCCCACACGCGCGCCUGCGACAUGGAGACGGGGCAGUGUCCCUGCAAGCCCGGCGUCAUCGGGCGCCAGUGCAACCGCUGCGACAACCCCUUCGCAGAGGUCACCCUCAGGGGCUGUGAAGUAAUUUAUAAUGGCUGUCCCAAAGCUUUCGAGGCUGGUAUUUGGUGGCCACAGACCAAGUUUGGCCAGCCAGCUGCUGUGCCUUGUCCUAAAGGCUCAGUGGGAAAUGCUGUUCGCCAUUGUAAUAUUGAGAAGGGCUGGCUGCCUCCUGAGCUUUUCAACUGCACCACCAACACUUUUGUGGAUCUGAAAAUCAUGAAUGAGAAGUUACACCACAAUGAGACCAAGUUAGAUGGAGACAAAACCAUACGGAUUGUGAGAGCCCUGCAGAAUGCCACCAAAUAUACACAAAGCUUGUAUGGCAAUGAUGUGAGGACAGCUUACCAGAUAAUGAUCCAGGUCCUCCAGUAUGAGAGCCAGCAGCAAGGGUUUGACUUGGCAGCCACAAGGGAUGUGGAAUUCAAUGAGAAUAUUAUCAAAGUGGGUAGUGCUUUACUGGACCCAGGCAACAAGGAGCAUUGGGAGCAAAUCCAGCGAACAGAGGGUGGCACCGCUCACCUGCUCAGGCACUAUGAGGAAUACUUCAACAAUGUGGCCCAGAACAUGAAAAAAACCUACAUGAGACCUUUUGUUAUUGUUGCCACUAACAUGAUUAUUGCUGUUGACAUCUUUGACAAGUCUAAUUUCACGGGAGCUAGAAUACCACGAUUUCAUGAGAUUAAAGAAGAUUACCCCAAAGAUCUGGAGUCAUCUGUUGUGUUCCCUGAUACUUUAUUCAGACCUUCAGAAAGGAAAGCAGUGCCUACAAUGAAACCUUCAAAUCAGAAAAUACCCUCCAAGUUGAACAACAAUGUCUUCAGCCCUGAGAGUGCUUUUGCAAAGAGAAAGAAGCGACACCCAGACAUUGAGACACAUCAUACUGUUGCCAUGGUCAUUAUAUACCGAUCCCUGGGACACCUCCUGCCUGAAAACUAUGAUCCUGACAGAAGGAGCUUGAGAUUGCCAAAUCGCCCUAUCAUCAACACACCUGUAGUGAGCACAGCCAUUCACAGUGAUGGGGAGUUUCCUCCCAACCUGGUGGAAAAGCCCAUCAUAGUGGAGUAUGCCAUGCUGGAAACAGAGGAGAGAACAAAGCCUGUCUGUGUCUUCUGGAACCACUCCAUCACGAUUGGUGGGACAGGUGCCUGGAGCUCCAGAGGGUGUGAGCUGUUUUCCAGAAACCAGAGCCACAUCGCUUGCCAAUGCAACCAUAUAACCAGCUUUGCUGUCCUGAUGGACAUUUCUAAACGAGAGAAUGGGGAGGUGCUUCCUCUGAAGAUUGUCACUUACACAACCGUGUCCAUCUCGCUGGCGGCUUUGCUGAUCACCUUCAUUUUGCUGGUCCUGAUCCGCACACUACGUUCCAACUUGCACAGUAUCCACAAAAACCUGGUGGCUGCCCUGUUCUUUUCUGAGCUUGUCUUUCUUAUUGGAAUCAACCAGACUGAAAACCCGUUUGUGUGCACUGUGAUUGCCAUCCUGCUGCAUUAUUUCUACAUGAGCACCUUUGCAUGGAUGUUUGUGGAGCAGCUCCACAUCUACCGGAUGCUGACUGAAGUGAGGAACAUCAACUUCGGGCACAUGCGCUUCUACUACGUUGUUGGCUGGGGCAUUCCUGCCAUCAUAACAGGGCUUGCUGUUGGUCUGGAUCCUCAAGGCUAUGGGAAUCCUGAUUUCUGCUGGCUGUCUGUUCAUGACACCCUGAUCUGGAGUUUUGCUGGGCCCAUUGUAAUGGUUGUUGUUAUAAACACUGUCAUCUUUAUACUAGCAAUGAAAGCAUCAUGCAGACGAAGGCAACGUUCAUUUGAAAAAACAGGAGUCAUCUCUGUGUUGAGGACAGCGUUCCUGCUCCUGCUGCUUAUCAGCGCCACGUGGCUGCUGGGGCUCAUGGCAGUCAACAGCGACGUCAUGACAUUUCACUAUCUCUUUGCCAUUUUCAGCUGCCUGCAGGGGCUGUUCAUCUUCUUCUUCCACUGCGUAUUUAACAAAGAAGUGAGAAAGCACUUGAAGAACACUUUAACUGGAAAGAAACCUCUUCCAGAUGAUUCCACUGCAACAAGAGCUACAUUGUUAACUAGAUCUCUGAACUGUAACAACACGUACAUAGAAGAGCCCAACAUGUACCGCACAACUAUGGGGGAAUCCACUGUCUCCCUAGAAAGCACCGUCAGGUCAGCCAAGAGCCACAAUAGCUACCUUGCUUAUAUUCUCAGGGAUGAGGCUGCUCAUAAACUCAGUGGAUCCUCAAGUCAAGCAAGGGCUGGUCAGACUGAAGCAGAUUCCUCCAUUUUUCAUAGGAAUCCAUCCAAAUCCAAUGAGCACGAUUCAGACUCCGACAGCGAGCUGUCCCUCGAUGAGCACAGCAGUUCUUACGCCUCCUCCCAUUCCUCCGACAGCGAGGAAGAUGGGCUCGAGACAGAGAAGCAGUGGAACACAUCUACUUCCAAAAACAACGAGCAUGGCCCACUCCACAGCACACCCAAAGUUGAUACCCUUCCCAAUCAUGUGAAACCCUAUUGGCCCACAGAGUGCGUAACAGCCAGCGAUGGUGAGGACCCUGGUAGGAAACAGAAACUCAAAGUAGAGACCAAGGUCAACGUAGAGCUUCACAGGGAAAACCAGGUGAACCACAGCAAUGAAGCACCACAGGACAAGGAGAACGAAGGGCAGCAGAAGGAGAACAGACCUCUGGCCCACCAGAAUAACCAGCAGCCGGAACAGAGGAAAGGCAUCUUAAAAAACAAAGUUACCUACCCUCCCCCACUGGUGGAUAAGAAUAUGAAGAAUCGUUUGCGGGAAAAGCUGUCGGAUUACAAUCAGAGCACAGUCUCAUCCAGGACUACUUCCCUAGGGACAAACGAGGGGCUCCGCUCUCCUUCGGACUCAGGGGUCACAGUGAAAAAUGUUCGGAGGGAGCAGUCUCGAGACCAGCUCAAUGGCAUGGCCAUGAGCCUCCACGUGGGAACAGGACAUGCUGACACCUCAGACUCAGAAGGCAGUAAUGAAACUUCAAUUUGAACCAUCAGGGAAUUGUGAUCACCUCUGCACGGUGCCUCCUC